AUGCCAUUCGACUUCGGCGCCCUCCCACUCGAAAAUCAAUUCGAAAUCCUGCGCUACAUGGAUUUGCAGAGCUUCUUCAAAACGGCCAUUUCAAGCAAAUCGAUGCUGCAGCUGGCCCAGAGAUGCCCGAACAAACGGUGGAAAUGUGAUAUUAUGCAUCGCGCGAGAAAAGGAGACUUCGAGUUCUGGCGACACCCUAGUCCUGGGCCGCUGCCCAAUAACUACAAAGCCAUGCAGUUGCUUUUCCAUAAUUCGACUGUUGACGGGUUGAACCCCGACACCCUCCCUCAUGAAGAAAUCAAUAUUCGUUGCCAAAGGCUGUGGCUGAAUCUGAACAGAUCCGAACCUUACGAUAUAUUGCCGUAUCUCAAACGUCAUAAGCCGUUGUUCGGGAAAUAUAAAUGGGUCUCUGCUCUUCGACAAUUUCCACCCUCCAGAGAAACGCUGGAUUUUCUGAAUGCAUCGACGGAUGCUGUGUCGGCCACACUCUGCGCCCCCCUAUCGGCAUAUAUUCAUCUGAAGGUGACUGGGAUGAUCCUUGAUGCGCCCAUGGACUCCGGCGAAUCUCUGGCGGCCAAUACUGAAGUGUUGAUCCGAGAAUGGCUCCGUGGCGAACGGCAGAUUAGCCCGCUUAUAGAGCUUAGGAGUUUCGAUACGGAAUUGAACCCCAUCCACCCGGUCUUCUUUACGCGUCAUCCGAAACUCUACGUCGCGAAGGGGGACACCACUUAUUAUCGCGUCCGCCGGAACGAUGGCAAGGUGAUGAUUGCCAGAUUUUCUCUGUCGAGGUGGUCCAUCAGCAUUGCGCCGCCCGAAUACGCUAAAUUCUGGGAAUCUCCAGAUAAUGCCGAGUUUUACAAAUUCCUAUUCGGUGCCGAA